GUCCUUGAUUCGCAUCAUAUCAACACACCACAGCACAGCACGACAUAGCAUGGCACAGCAUCGCCAGAAUCGUCCUACUACACCAUCCACCACGGCACAUAUGUACUUGCAGAGGGAUGAUAUGAGCAGCUACGAAAAAGGGAAUGCAUCGCCUCCCGACCUCCCUAGUCAUUGGACGCCCAGAUUCGUUAAGAGACUCCUGCAUCUCGCCGUGAAAUGCAAUCGAUGGCGAGAAGGGUCUCAACCCGCCACCAUCGCAUUCCCACGCCACGACACACCGACACAAGGCGAUGAGGAAACCGCAAGCGCACACGUCACCAAGCAACCAGCUAGGUAGCCAGCCCACAUAUCUCACGAGAAGAAAGUGCGCUUCAUGUCUGUGGUACCAUCUCCUCUCGGGCGCACAAAACCGACAAGGCAAGAGCCCCAACGGGUGCACGUUUUCCCGGCCAGGCGCGACUUGUACACCUCCAGUAUCGUCGACAGGUGACACUUGCUGCACACACGCAUACAAACCCACAAAUGUACUGCUGAUCCCAUGUGUGUGUGGCGUGGAGGACUGCGCGUACGUGUCUUUGCAUGCGUUUGGGGUCGCCUCCACGUUGUGGCUUUACGGUCUGCAUCAGCAGGGGGUUGUCCUUGCCUGCUCACAGCAACACGCGUACAGCCAAACAAAAGACCAACAAACGAUCCACACCACACCCACACCACACCACACGUCUGUUCGCACCGCACCGCCCACCAAUGCUCCUCUCCUUCUCGCCUCGCUCCUGCGUCGGCCACCAAAUGAACGUCUUAAUAUGAGGCUGCACACACACACACACACAGGCGUGAAGGCACCGCACCCAUGGUACCUUCAACAAGUGUAUGUGUGUGUGCUGACCUCGGUAUCUCCCUCGUCUUUGUGGAGUUCCCAGACGAUGGUUGAUGCGGUGGGCAGGUAGCCCUUGCGGACGUCGGUGAGGGCGAUGGGGUAGUCGAUACAUGGGCACCGCAUACAGCAGCUCGCGGUGCGCCAGGA